UGAGCCUGAAUCGCAUCGCUGCAUUGACACCGUCAUGAAGGAGGAAUGACAAGUUGAUUUGCUAGUGUUGGGUUCACGGUUUAGUUGAAGGUUUUUAACCGGGCUACGUGCUGGAAGUAGUGUUGGGUCAUUUUAACGAGGCCCACACGCUGACAGACGUCCACACUUGGCUGACCUCUCGCGGCGCCAGUGUUGUUGUGUGUCUCCUAUAACAACGCCGGCCUUCUCGCCGCUCUCUGACUGCGCCGCGGACACGAAGCGCCUCAUAAACUAAACUCAUUUUAGCGAUUAAAAUGUAACCAUACAAACUGCGGCACAGUUAAGAAUCUGGCACGCACAACUUUCACUUUUCAACUCGUUUAUCGGGUUUUUUGAAGAAACGACUUCACAAGCUCGUCCUCCCUCGCCCUCCCUUUGCUGUUAGAGGACCAGACGCUUCACCCAGGGACCCGGACAUGGCCAGCUGGGACAAAAACUGGGACCCAUAUGAGACCUCACAGAGAAGGGAAUUUGUUUAUAGACCCAACUCAUCAACUCCAGUUUUACGACCCCUGACAACUAAUGCCUAUAAAAAUUCAUAUGACCUCACUGAUCCUGUGGGUCGAACUGCAUAUAGUGAAGACUUCUAUUGGAAGCCUCCAUCCAAGCCUGUCUGCAUUCGGACUGGAUCGGCUUCUGGCAACAGGAAGAACAACCCGCACCCAAGCCAGGCAUUUUUGGUGUGGAGGCUCCCUCCUGGUCUAAAGCUUUGUAAAAACCCCCCAUCUGAGGAAGAAGUCAGAAAGGUGCUGUCUGCCCAGUACAAGUCCACAUACAGUACUGACUUUCUAGAUUUACCUAAAGGGAUUUUUCUGAACCGGACAGUCCUCGCUCCUCUUAAACACAGUGCCAAUGCUCUUCAGACCGAGAUGAGGUAUAACUACCGCAAGCCUGUUCUGAAAGCUGAACUGCAGGGAAAUAUAUCCCGCUAUGGGUGCAAUGGCUUGCAUACUGUGGCACCAAAGGGCAUAGUUCCCACAGUGGUUCACAAGCACAUCACUAAUCAGGAGAGCAGGAAGCAGCUGACCACAUAUGACAGACAUUUUGGAGGUAAAUGCACAGACCUGUCAUCGACACUGAAGUUCCUCCAGCCUGAGGAGCUCCAGCAGUUCUACAAGCAUUUACCUGAAAAAGAAAAGGUGGAGGUGCAGGCAUCUUUGCAAAGAGCCCUUAGUCCCCCUGGUCAAGUGAAGAAAACAAAGGACUCAGUGGGGUUGUCUCGUCCACUAGUGCUAGACAGGGUGUCAGUCUGGCCUGGGCCUCUAUGAAUGUGAUACUCAGUGUUGUGAUACAUUUAUGACUGUAUGUGUGCAUAUAAUAAAAGCUAUACACUGCA